AGCCGAGUUUUUUCUUUCGGCUUACGGGCGAAGCCGACGGGGCGAGAAGCGAUGGAGGACGAUGAGCUGAUGCUGUGUAGGGCUCCGAGCGACCAGGUCGAGCAGAAGCUGUCCAAGCCAAAGCUGAAGGACGGCUCCAUCGUCGGCAUCCGCGGGGACUACUACGGGCAAGGUCCGGUGCUGCACAUGGAGGACGCAGGUGAGAAGAUCACCUCGCCUUCGGCGCUGAGCUUCGGAAGCACUCGGGAGCCCAGCUGCGAUCGCCCGGAUUCCCGCGCCUCCGCCUGCAGCGAUUCCUUCCGCCAGUCGCGCGGGCGCAUGUUGUUGGGCCGCACAGCCCGUCCGGAGGACCUGCAGCGCCCGCCCUCCCGCGGGCCUGCGAGCCGGGGGUCCACUCCGCCGGGCGAGGACUUGGGUUUCCAGCAGCAAGAUGAGGAGGUCUUGGCGAUCCUGGCGGCGUCCCGGCGCAGGAGACUGGAGGGCCUCAUGGUGGAUCCGGUGAGUUUCUUUGAGGCUCAGGAGCUGACCAGACCCUCCACGGCAACACCCCGAGGCAGCGCCCAGGCUCAAGCCCUGAGCCGACAGGCGCUCCGAUCAGAAGGCCGGAAUUGGAGAGGUGUACAUCGACCACCCUCUGCGUCGCUGCUCGGCCCAGGCCCAGUGCGGGCUGGGCGCUUGGGCUGCGCUCCUGGUCAUAGCACUCAGUACUCCUGCGAGUCGGAAGCCUGGUGGAAGACUAGCUUCGGUGCCCAUAGGCGUCGCCAGGGAAACUUCGAGCGCCACAUCUUGCCGUCCCAGGAGCCGGGCUGGCGCUCGGAGCUGGGCCACGUAAAUUGCGGCUGUGGGCCCGGGGAAGCUUGCGCCCACUGGCCAUCGGGUCGCCCUCCGAAGGCAGGAGACCUGCCAGUCCUGGCGCCGGAGGGGGGCCAGGCGCGGGGACUGGGGCUCUCCUUGGCGCCGCCACCCAAGGUGCCGGCGCCCGCGUGGUCGCGGAAGUAGGCGAAGAAAUUGGUCUCAAGACUGCCAAGCAGUCCAGAGCGAGCGGGGCGGGAGGAAUUGAAUCCGAAAUGACGCCCCGGGUUCGUGGA